AUGUCAUUCUUGAAUAGUUCGCCAUCUACAUCUAGCGCAUCAAGUACAGCCACGGGUCAAGAGCUAGUCAACGAUAUUCUAGUCAACAAUCCACCAGAGGACUCAAUUGAAGAUAUUUCCUUCUCACCACAACAAGAUCUACUUGCGGUUGCCAGUUGGGAUAAAAAAGUCCGAAUUUAUGAAAUUGAUCCUAAUACGGGGAACAACCAAGGCAAAGCACUUUAUGAGCACAAUGCACCUGUGUUUUCUGCUCGAUGGUCUACUGAUGGGACUAAAGUAGUUAGUGGUGGUGCUGAUAAUCAAGUCAAGAUAUUUGACCUUGCGACGCAGCAACAACAACAAAUUGGUCAACAUGACGCACCAGUAAGGUCAGUCAGGUAUGUUGAAUGUGGGCCUACUAAUACACCCGUAGUUGCAAGUGGAUCUUGGGAUAAAACGUUGAGAUAUUGGGAUAUGAGAUCUCCUACACCAGUCAGUACCAUCAAUCUUCCUGAAAGAUGUUAUUGUAUGGAUUCAUCACAAAAGUUGCUUGUUGUUGGAUGUGCCGAUAGACAUAUAACAAUUAUUGAUUUAAACAAUCCUCAACAAAUUUUCAAAACUACCCAAUCUCCAUUGAAAUGGCAAACUAGAACAGUUGCAUGUUACCCACAAGCCAAUGGAUUUGCUAUUGGAUCAGUUGAAGGAAGAUGUGCAAUUCAAUAUAUAACCGAAGCUGAACAAAAGAAAUUUGGCUUUUCAUUUAAAUGUCAUAGGAAAUCUGGUACAGGAUCCGUGGGGGGAACACUACCACGUACUACGUCAAGUAGCUCUAAUGAAUCACAAGCGUUUCCUGUAAAUGCAAUUUCAUUCCAUCCAGUAUAUGGUACUUUCAGUACUGCAGGAUCCGAUGGUACAUUUUGUUUUUGGGAUAAAGAUGCGAAACAAAGGUUGAAACUGUUUCCAGAAUUGCCGGGUACUGUAUUAUCUACUGCUUUUAACAAGACUGGGUCUAUAUUUGCUUAUGCUGUGAGUUAUGAUUGGUCAUUAGGAUUCCAGGGUAAUAGACCUGAUUAUCCUACUUUUAUAAAGCUACACCCAACUAAGGAUGUUGAAAUUAAGCAAAAGAAUAAGAGGUAG